UUUUCCAUCAGUGUGCGUGUGUUGUCUACGCUUGUGUUAACAAUUGUAAGCAAAAAGAGACGAGUGAGCGUUUUAAUACAACUCCGCGUUCGCUUUUGAAGGCAUAUUUAUCGCAUAUUUUUUCUUGAAUGAAAAACCUCACGUUGGUAGCAGCAAAUCGACGCGAUUACGUAUAUGCUGUUGGCUUGCUGCAAGUGCGAAAAAACCCUCAUCGAUCGCGGCGGUUGAACAGUAGAAAACGGGUGCUCAGCUGGCUGUUAGGCGCAAUGCAGAGCUCAUUUCCGUUUCCCGCGGUUGCCCCAAACCCGGCCGUGAACGAAAAAUACCGGCGCAAGUACCGACGACUGAAGCGGAUCAUGAAAAAUCUGAUUUUUGAAAAUGCAGCUUUAUGUGAUCAUGUUGCUCAGGUGCAGGAAAAUAUACUGCUAGUGAAGGAGGAGAGGAGGUAUCUCCUCAAGAAGUUACUGGAGCAUGAGAAUGAAAUGGAGACACAAUUGGGGAGACCUUGUAGCAAGCUAAACGAGUUAAUUGCAAACAGUUUGCCCCCUAAAAGACAGUACAAAAAGCGUGCAACAGCCGACGCAAACAAUGGUGGUGAAGCGACUCCCAAGGCUAAAGGACAAACCCGAAAGCCUCGUGCUAAUGCAACUGCCACUGCCGAAAAAAAUGCCACCAAGAAGAGCCUGCAGGACAUCGCGCUGCGGCAAACUGGACAUCCAACAUAUCCUCUAACGAUUGCAGGAUUCACGAUUUUCAAUCUAGGUGAAAUUGUCCCCGGUCGCUUAGCUUACAAUACAGAGUAUACAAUAUACCCCAUUGGUUAUACUGUGUCCCGCCCGUAUGGUCAUCUAAAAGAUCCCACAAAGAAAUGCAUUUAUACAUGCCGAGUGGUAGAUAGUGGGGAUAAUCCCCGGUUUGAAAUUAUUCCAGAGAAUGACAAGGAUUUGACGAUAGCGGGGAAUUCUCCUGAUGCGUGCCACGCGACCUUGCUGCAAUGUAUAAACGCUUCCCUGGAUUGCCGAAACAUCGAUGGCCGACCGUCGGGUGAUUGGUUCUUCGGGCUGUCCCAUCCGACCAUCUCAAGUCUGAUUCAGAGCUUCCCGGCAUCGAAGAAGUGCGUUAACUAUCGGGGCAUCCGGAAGGAGAACUUCGCCAACAUGGACAAGGAGAACGAUCCAUCGCUUAACUAUGAAGCGCUGCAGAGACAUAUCGCCAUUUCGGCCUACCAUACGGUGCCGGAGAUCAAGGAGGAACCACCGGAUGAACUACUGGAUCAUUCGGACGGGAAUUCGUUCAGCUUGUCCUAGAAUAGGAGCGGCAGGUGGUUGCGUUUUAGGAAAUACAAGUAAGCGGUAGUGGAAUGUGUGUUUAUGAACCUGAAUAACAAAAAUUGAAUGUAUUUUUAUGUACGCGCUGAAA